GAUUAUUUCUGCGAGAUUUAGAAAGCAGAGCCUCGAGUAUCAGAGGCUAAUUUGCUUUUGUUCCAAGGGUCUGUACAGAAUUAUUGUGUGAUGGAUUUUUGCUAGCAAAUUACGCUAGCACAUUUUUCAAACAAAAUGGUAAUACUAAUCAUGUAACAAUGGCUUCUUCGCGUAAAAGGCUUCUUUUUGGUGUGCAGAACUUUUCUCUGGUAAAAAUAAUUACCCUUUUGGCUUGAUGAAUGGAACAAAUCAUGGAGGUAGCCGAGCUGUUAAAUCAGCUUGAAUCAAAUCAACCUGAAAUUGUAGAAGAAAGCAAGGAUACGUUUCGUGAAAUCUUCCUUGGUACCAAAGAAUCAUGGCUUGUGAAUGGUCUGUGUGACUACUACCUAUCAACUAGCUCAUCAAGGACGGUUGAAAUAUUGGUGGGUGUUCGUGAGCCUCAUGAUAGGUACCUUUUUGACAGGUUGUCGGAUUUACUGAAAGGUUCAUCAAAACUUCAAGGACUGACAUUGCUAGGUCAUGUCGUGAGAAGGCAUCCAGCAUGGAUUUACAAAAUUGGUCAGCAUACCCUUCUUAAGGAAUUGCUGAAGUUACUGAAGGCAGAGACUGAUAUUCUACCUCUUAUGAGUGCUCUCCUCGUGUUAAUUGUUCUUCUUCCGAUGAUUCCUGCUUUAAUUGGAAGCUACCUUCAAGAUAUCUUUGAAGUAUUCAGCCGUCUCGCUGCGUGGAACACCAACAAUCCUAACAAGUUGCCGGAGGUGCAUCUUUUACACCUGCAGGUGGGGUUGUAUACUCUGUUUCAUCGCUUAUAUGGGAUGUAUCCUUGCAAUUUCCUCUCGUACCUGCGUAAUGAAUACGGCCAGUGGGAGAACCUCGGCAUAUUUAGUCAUACGAUAAAGCCAAUGUUGGACACGGUUAAAAUGCAUCCUCUUCUAGUGACAGCCUCCAAAGAUGCAGAAAUUGCUACUUCCAGAUGGAUAAAGAUGGAGCACCAUGAUGUGAUUUUGGAAUGUGCAAAAUUUGCUGCAUUGGAUGCUAUGGAGAGACCUUGGGAAGAAGUCGGCCAUCAAGGCCUCCCGCCAUCAUUAUGGCCACGCUACAGUUUGGAACAUGGCAGCCUAGAGUCAGCAUAUCAACAUCAAAUUAAAGGAAAUGCAACCCUUAAUCUCACAAACAGCCAGAUGAUGCAGAAGGAAGAUUGGAGCCCCAGUGUGUUCUGUGGUAUUGUAACACCGCCACCCCAAGAAUCUGUUCCUACCUCCAUACCACAGACUCCAAAUUCACAGGGCUACAUUAUGAGUGCUUCCUUGCCGCACCAAGAAGGUUCAUCCCCUCCAGAAGCAGCUAUUGAAGCCACACCAGAAACAACUCCCAUAAAGGAUAUGAGGCAUUUGGGACGACACCCUCCAGUAAACUCGAGCGUACCACGAGCUCUCACAUCCUUCAGCAGCGGUAAGUGGGCAGGAGUUACAUCUGGCAGUUCGACACCCACUCAGUCUCAGCCCUCGUCCCCAAUGAAGAAGGAGCCGUCACCUUUCCGGUUCCCUCCGGAAGGCAACAUUUCUUCCAAGUCAGCAUUUGAGCAGCUGCGUCGGGAUUCUAUACCGUCGGCUUUUGAACGGCGUGACUCUUUGUUCUCGCAGAAAAUACAAAGGGUGCAGCAGGAUCGAGUUCAGGUGAUAGAUGCUUUAGCAGGUGAUAAACAGUCAACGUUGAAUCUUCGGUCCAAGACGUCAUCUGGGGUACAGCCUACUAGUCCUCUCCGUAGCAUUGCAAACGAAACGAGCAUACCCAAUAGUCCUGUACACAUGGAACCUACUGCCCCAGUUCCAGGAGGAAAGGAAUGGUUCGUUGCCAGGCCUGUGCCAGAAAAGAAUGGAUUUAUAUUUGAUUCUGCUGAUAUGACUGGAACGUCAUCGCAUGCUGAUACCUCGCAAGAAGAUCAAGAAGUUUUGGAAAUUGUGAGGCAGGGAGAGCAAUGGAGUAUAGACACACAACCGAAACAGAUGAGUACUUUGUCAUCAUCACAGAGGCAGUGUGAUAGCGUACUUCAGGAGAUCAACCCCCCUCAUGUGGAUGAUUAUGAAGAAUGCCAACAAGAGAGUGGUUCUCCUUGCAUGUCAGGUGGUCUCCACAUUCCCACUAGCCGUUCAAUGAGAGAAUUUGCUCGUCGGGUUCAUCAGCAGCAUCGCCAACGCUUUUACAGUCAGUGCACAUUGGAUACAAAGGGAUCAGGUUUAUCUGAUUUCAGCGCCGGUAGCAGCCCCGGCGAGGGUUCUGCCCUUUUCCACCAGGCUCAUGUUCGUCGAGCAAAUUCCUACCCUGAAAUGAAGAAGAGUCCAGUACUACCAGGAGCUGAUGCAAAUAUUGGUAAAAGUUUAGAUGAAAGAGAAGAACUGGAAGCAUCAGAAGGCAUAUUAAUUAAUCUUGGUGGUAACAAGCAUCUUUAUACAGUCAAUGGAAGUGAAGAUAAAAUUGCAAAAAUGUCUCAUGAUUCAAAGAAACAGAUGUCAACUGCAAGCACACAGACAGUAGAUCAUUGGAGUCCACUGCCAUAUGAGCAUUUGUUCUUGGGAGCCUUUCCUCCAGUAGAACAUGCUCAGAACCAAAAUGGAGAUGUGAAACCAAGCGUAGAACCAAGUCCGAUUCAAGUGUUUCAUCACAAUGAAUUAUUUACAAGGUGUUCUCCAUAUGACAUGCUGGACAUGUACAUUGAAACUGCUGUUCAAGGUCAUGCUAGGGAUGACAAAGAUGCCAAGAAAUCAAAAAUUCAAGGCUUGGAGGCCGAUUUAAAGACGGUGAACGAACAAGUAACAUUGCUUAAUAUCCAGUUGCAGUUUGAAAGGCACAGAAGAGAAGCUCAUGCCGAGAGAAACCGAAGACUGCUUGGAAAGUCUAGAUCAAAUAGAGCAUUAGAGGAACAUAAUUCUGCCCUGCGUGAUCAGUUGAGUCUGCUUCAGAAGGACAUCGAGAACUUGCACAAUGAACGUGAAAAGAAAAAGAAGGAACUACAUGUAACAGAACAGCAGUUACAAGAAAACGUUAAUUCUUGGCAAAAUCAGUGUAAUACUCUUCAGAAAGACAAAAAAGAUCUUAGGAGUAAAAAUGAAUUAUUAGAACAAGAACUGAAGCAAGCGAAGGAAAAGGUGGCAGCUGUUACAAAGGAAUUACAGACGGUGCAAUCAAAGUUAUUUGAAGUUGAAAAUGAAAUGCAGCAAGCAAUAGCUCAGGCGAGCGCUGGAGAACAGUUACGUGGGGAUAUGGAACAGUUACAGAAGGAGCUUAUUCUGAUGGGAGAGCUUCAGCAGAAGUACAGAGAUCAUUUCUCUCAGUUACCACUCCUCAGGCAUUAUGAAGAUGAAGUGUCACAUUUGCAAGACUCUUACUGCGAAGAAAUCAAAGGAAUUAACGAGAUGUUAGAAGCAAGGAACUCAGCUCUGGAAGCUGCAAAAGCUCGAAUUUCUGAACUGGAAUCUGUGAUGACACGACGAGACAUGAUUAUUGCCGAUCAGAAACGGGUCUUGAAACAGGUGAAGGAAGAAUAUCAAGAAAAACUGGAGUCAGUUGAAAGCAAGUAUCAGACCAGUCGCUCCAUCACACAAAGACUGGAAAGUCACAUAUUGGAACUGCAUCAUCAGUUGGAGUUGGCAGAGAACGCUAGCAAGGGGAAAAGUACGAGGUCACCAGAUAGCAGUGCAGCCCAGGAAGUCAGUGUCAGUUCUGCAGGGUCAGCAGACAAGUCAGCAGCACCAUCCAGUUUUAGCCCUCGUAGCUCACCAUUAUCAGAGUCCCUCACUUCAACUGAAGGUCCUCUUUCAGGAAUUUUGAGUGGCGAGGGUGUGGAAAUGAAGAAUUUACAGGUGAUAGUGGAUCAACAAGAACACGCUUCAACAGAUCAACGGCAACAGCCAGGAACAUCACAACAGUCGACCAAUAUGGACAUGACAGCUGCAGGUAACAGUACACCAGGGGAUGAAAGCUGAAGAGAACGAGAACCAGUCACAGCCAAGGUGAGUAUGGAGCGCUACCCACCGGAGCCACCGGAAAGCUCGAGCUUUGAUCUGGGCUACAUAAUAUUGCGUAUUAUCUGGCAAGUCUAGUUUUGAAGUUUCAUGGGUAAUACGGCGAAACGGUUUUCAGAAUUCAGCCUAGCUGCUUCUGAUAUCCAGGGCAUUUUGUUUUCAUAAGUGCAAGAAAUGAAAAAGCUUUACAAAUAUUUUUCAUAUGCCAGCUGAAGUGUGGGCCUUUAAUCUCCUUAAGGUGCUCAAGCCAUAUAUUUAUGUAAGCUAGAACAGAUUUUGUCACCAAAUAAAAAAAAAUUAUCAUUGUAAUAAUAUGUAGAAAUAUGGUUUUUGUUUGGUAACAAGUGUAAAAACAUUGUUCAAUAAAUUUUAAAACUGUAAUCAGCCUGGAAUUAUUGAUCAUCUGUCAGCUUGUUCAAUUCACAGUGUCAUAUUUGAUGGAUAAAUUUCAAUAUUUAGCAGUGUGAUUAAUCUGUUUGUCGGGUUCGUUGUGCAGUACGAGCAUAAAUAGCAAACAAAUGUUAUUUGUUAUGAUUUUAAUAUGCUGAAUAUAUGGUUUCGCACUGUCAUCUUUUAAUAUUCUGGCAUGAAAUAUGUAAUUUGCAAGUGCUCAGUGUUACAUUAAUACUCAUGAAAGUUUACUCUGUCUCCAUUGCUUGAUCCCAAAGUCAGACUCAGUUGUAUUUUUCAGGUAUUGUACCAAUUUGUAGCGCAUAUAUCCAUUAUUUUGUACGAAUGAAUGGUUUAGCCUGUGUAGUUAUGUUGAAAGAUACGCAGUUUGUUCUAUGUUCCGCGAAGCUAUAAUUCUGAAUCAAAUCAUAGCAUUAUUAUGUUGUUGUGGCUUAUGUAAUAUGUUCAGAAUGUGUAACUAUUUUACAGUGAAAUGUUAUUAAAUUCUUAAAGCAAUUUA